CCGCACCUUUUUCUUCCACUGAAGUUUUUCAUUGCGUCUUUUAUGGAUAACCCUCCUCAUAUAAAAUAGCAACGUCGGAAAGUAACAAGUUUGUGCAAGGAAGCGGGAAGGAGAUGACACCCAGCCCUUUAUUCCUGGUCCUCCUUCUGUCGCUUACAAACAGCAGAGCAGAGAAUGCUGAGGAGCGGCUGGUGAACCACCUGCUGGGACCGGAGCGCUACAACAAGCUGAUCAGACCUGCGGUGAAUAAGAGCCAACAGGUCACCAUCUCCAUACAGGUUUCUCUGUCGCAGCUCAUCAGUGUUAAUGAAAGGGAGCAGAUAAUGACCACCAAUGUGUGGCUGUUUCAGGAAUGGAAUGACUACAGAUUGAGGUGGGACCCGGAAAAAUAUGAAGGCAUCAAAAAACUGCGAAUACCUUCCAAACUAAUCUGGCUUCCUGACAUAGUACUUUACAACAAUGCCGACGGAGUGUAUGAAGUUUCCUUCUACUGCAACGCUGUGGUCUCCAACACGGGCGACAUCUUCUGGCUCCCCCCAGCCAUCUACAAGUCCGCCUGCUCCAUCGAGGUGCAGAACUUUCCCUUCGAUCAACAGAACUGCACGCUCAAGUUUCGCUCCUGGACGUACGACCACACAGAGGUGGACCUCAUCCUCACCAGCGAUUUCGCCAGCCGGGACGACUUCACGCCGAGCGGGGAGUGGGACAUCGUCUCGCUCCCGGCACGCAAAAAUGAGGACCCCAGUGACAUCACGUACCUUGACAUCACUUACGAUUUCGUCAUCAAGAGGAAGCCCCUGUUUUACACCAUCAAUCUGAUCAUCCCGUGCGUGCUGAUCACGUCGUUGGCCAUCCUGGUGUUCUAUUUGCCUUCGGACUGCAGGGAGAAGAUGACGCUGUGCAUCUCGGUGCUGCUGGCCCUCACCGUGUUCCUGCUCCUGAUAUCAAAGAUAGUGCCACCCACCUCUCUGGCAGUGCCACUCAUAGGUAAAUACUUGAUGUUCACCAUGGUGCUGGUCACAUUCUCCACUGUCAGUACAGCCUGUGUCCUCAAUGUGCAUCAUCGCUCCCCGUCUACCCACUACAUGCCAGACUGGGUCAAGCACCUCUUCUUGGUUCGCCUUGCAACCCUCCUGCUCAUGAGACGCCCGGGUUCCUCCAACGUCCACAAUAAACUAUGCAAAAGGCUCACCGGCAGGAACCCCGUCAGUAAAAGCAGCUUCCACAGCGCCGCAGGCAGGAGGCAACACUCCGACGCCAGACUGGGAGGAAUCCCCACAGACUGCAACUCUUUCUACGUUAACGAGGAUUCGGCGUACAACUGCUGUUGGAAGAUGGGCGACGCCCGGGACUCCCCCGACUUUGUGAGGCCGACAGCGGCGCAGUUGGAUGCAGAGCUGGAAGAAGCAGUGGAUGGAGUGAAAUAUAUCUCUGAACACAUGAAGAUGGAGGAUGGCAAUGAAGGGAUCAUCGAGGACUGGAAGUACGUUGCCAUGGUGAUAGAUCGCCUCUUUCUCUGGAUCUUCAUCCUGGUGUGUGUGGUGGGAACUCUGGGACUCUUCAUGCAGCCUCUCUUCCAGAGCUACAACACGCCCACAGCUGAUGACACAGAAUAUGGAGAUUUCUAGGAUUUCUGUGGCACAGAAGAGAAAACUGUCAAAUCAGCAUCAAAAGAAGAAAAGAAGCUGAACACUUGUCAAACAUAAUUCAGCUGCUGCUGGUCAGAUCAGAUGUGCAUUCAGCCUGAUCUGGGCAGCCUGCUGCACUUGUUGAAUUUGCAACGUUGGACUUUAAAUGUGAACCAGUGUUUGUGCGAGGACACAACUGGAACAUUGUGUCUUUUUCACCUUUCUUUCUUUAUUAUAAAACUAUUGUUCCACUGUCCCCUUAGUGAGUGCUUCAUUUCCAUCGUCUGUCCUACUUUGGAUGUUACUUGUUCUGCUGUUGGUCUCCGUCUCUGCGUUUUUCUUCUAUGCUUAGUUUUUUUUUUUUUGUCUGUCUUUCUGUUAUUUUUUGUGACAUGAUAUGUCAAAAAGCCUGUCAGACAAACUCGGAGACGACUCAAGAAAACUUCCCCGAAAGACUACAUGACAAAAAGUGAUGUAAAAGCAGUGAAAGAGUGAUUGGUUGCAGCCACCAUACCCACAGAGAUGGUGGCUGAUUUGUGAUUUGGGGUUACUUUCUUCAGAUUGAACUGGGUUUUUCCUCAAGGUGGAUGAAACCCAAUCAAGUUGUUUUUUUCCCCCCAACAUUACAGAUUUCAGCCAGCGAGCUUAGGAAUGAGGGAUUUUAGCUAUCAGACUCACAAAGACUGAAAGGAUACAUCCAAACAAAAGUGAUGUGUCUGUCAUUUGACAGAGAUAGAAAACCUGAAGGAUGGAGUGAGGGACUGCUGCCAAAUCAAGAUGUUUUAAAUCUACAAAAAGAAAGAAUGAAUGCUGAAGCUGAAACUACAGAAAUUAUUAUUUGAUGUGCGGCACAUUUUUGUAACAAGUUGUGCAGGAUGUAGGUCAAAUUAAAGACAGAAGAAGUUUUGAAAGGGUCUUGUCUAUUCCUUUUGUUUUUUACUUGUUGGAUUUAAACAGAGGGUAGAUACACUUUUUGGAACGAUGCAAAUGUACACCCAGGAACAAUGUGAUGUUACACGUGUAAAAUAAGAUGAUUGAAUUUUAAAAGAAUUUCCGCACUAACUGUGUACUAAUACAAUAUGUUGAAUAAAAAAAAAUCUGUGUUG